AAAAAAAUUCAAUGGUCAGAAUCCGGUCAUAAGACCCUCGCCACAACCCAAAUUCGAUAAAAAGACUUUUAUGCCACUUUAUUUAAAAAAGAACCUUUAUAUAGACCUAAACAAGUUCAGCACGACCUGGCCCAAUUUGGACAGGUUUUGUGCAGUUUUUCCAGCCCAAAAACAGGUCGGUCCCGGCCUAAUUUUUAAAAAUUUGGAUGGAGUUGGGAUAUUAAUUUUAUACAAAUUUUUUGGCCCGGCCCGAAAGCCCGCACAACUCAGCUAAUUUAGGCGGAUUUGGGCACAUAUAUUCCAGCCCGGCCCGAGGAUUGAUCAUCUCUUCAGCCCAGUGUUCUUCUGCAAUGGUGCUACCGAAAAUGGCUUCUUACACCGCAAAAUGGGCGAAACCCUCAGCUUAUAUUUAUCAUCAUCAAUUAUCAAGUUUCAACCCCAUAUUUUAUUUUAUUUUUUUGCCUUCCAAUCCCCCUUCCCCUGGGGAGUUGUACAUUAAUAUGGGGAAAUCCAAGGAAGAGGACAAGAUAGAGAAGAUUAUUCGUGGAUUAUUGAAACUUCCAGAAAAUCGGCGAUGCAUCAAUUGCAACAGUUUGGGACCACAAUAUGUUUGCAUGACAUUUUUGACAUACGUGUGUACAAAUUGUAGCGGGGUGCACCGUGAAUUCACUCAUCGUGUAAAAUCUGUAUCGAUGGCCAAAUUCUCCAUGGAAGAAGUUACUGCUCUUCAAGCAGGAGGAAAUGAGAGAGCAAGGCAGAGUUACUUCAAAACAUGGGAUCCACAGCGUAAUUCUCUCCCAGAAAACAGUAAUAUACAUAGAAUUCGUGAUUUUAUCAAGCAUGUCUAUGUGGAUAAACAAUAUACCGGUGAGACCCAUCCUGCUUCGGCUCAAAGGUCACGAAAUAGUGGAAUGUACGAGCCUUAUGAACACAAAAGAGUAGUUAAGGGUGAAAGCUCCACUUUUCAUGCGAAAACUAUUGACAAAUAUAGUAGAUAUGCUUGUGAUGAAUCUAGAAGUCCUCCCUACUCAGGAGAAUUCUCUAGAUACGGUGAUUCCAGGGCUGGUUCGUCUCGUUUUGAGGGUACAGAAGGUCGUUAUCAAGUGGAUGACACUAGAAUUUCUGGGCGAGCUGCUACCCAGAUGUUUACCACUGAAGACAUUAAGCCCAGAAGGAGGUCCCCUGAUCGCCGACGGAGUAUUGAUGCAAAAAGCCCUACACUACAUCAUGUGAAAGAGAUCCUUGGAGAAAACUCUGUUGCUUUACGUGUUGCCAAUCAUCCUAAAUUUGCUGAUAGGAGAUAUGAUAAAGUUGCUACUGCUAAUGCUCAGGAGCGUGAUCAUCAUAAAGAAAGCCAUAGAAGUGUAGAUCAUAAUGAAACAAUUCUUCAAAGAGCUAUUUCAGCUGAUGUUCAGAACACUGCAGAAUCUGGAAGUCAACCACCAUCCAGCCACGUUGAACCGAAACGCAAAAGUGAAAGCUCUGGAUCAUUGGAUGUCUUUACAGAUUUUUCUUCUCGAUCUGAUAUAUCUGUCCAAAGUCUUGGUCCACAAAUGAAUAUUGCUAUGAAGCCACCUGCGAAGAAUACUCCUGGUUAUGCUCAUCCUAAUACUUUGGAAUUCUUGCUAUUUGAAUUAUUUUCUCGGGCUGAAAUGACCCAUAGUAAUCAGUCUGGAAUUCCCUGUGAGGAAAAUGAUGUAUCAAGUCCUUCAAGCAACCGUUCAACAUGGAAUCAUGUACUAGCACCAUCCACAAGUGUAUCUCAAGCUUUAACUGAUGAGUGUACUUCGUAUUCUGCUGCUGCUACCACCACAUCCAAUACAUUAUCCAUCAGCAUGCCAGCAAGAUCAACUGAUGCAGAUACUCCUAAAGGUGCUACUUCUCAGAUGGUGCCAGAUCUACUUGGUGAUGAUGGUGAGUAUGCCACUGAAGAUAUUGGCAUAAAGCAGUCUUCAAGUACACAGCAUCUUGGGCCUACCCUGGUUUCAGAUACUUUCUCCGCUCCUAUUCAAAUCAGCCAUUUAAAUGAAGGUGCAAAUAAUCAGCCAACAAUGUUGCCCCCAGCAUCAUUUGCUCCAGUAAUUUUUGGCGAUCCUACUGCACAAUCACCUCAGCCUGCUCUAGGUCCAACUGGAGAAGCAGAAUCUUUAAUUGAAAUGAAGCCUUAUCUUGCAGACACAAAAACUGGUGGAAGGAAAGAGCUUCCUGCAGACCUUUUUGCUUCUCCUAAUCUAUUAAGCCCAAUUUCAGCCUCAGGGUGGCCAGCUGGUUCAAAUAAUGGCAUGGGCUUUAACAUGCAUUAUUACCCUCCUCAGAUGUCUUCUGCAAUGGGAUAUCUGCAAGGAGGAUCGAGUCACUCUUUCAUUCCAGCAGGCUUGUCACAUGCUACAAGAUUUGGAUCACAUCUUCCAGGUUCUGCACUAACUGGUUCUACUGCUUAUUUUUCUAGUGCGCAUCAUCAAUCACCUUGUGCUCCAGGUGCAUAUAUGGGGCAGCAUUUUCUACAUAACAAGCCAACGACCAGUGCAGCAUACAAGGAACGAAUGGCUUUGGUGGCGACAUAGGAUCGACAGUAUUGUUACAUUCGAAUCAGCAGUCUCCAUAUAGAUAUCCAGCACCUACAGACCAAAGUUCAUAUCCUAUGGGUGGAGGAAAUCCAUUUGGGUAAAUGAUGAGCCGGAACUUGUGAAUUUAUGAUGCUUUUCGAUCACACUCUUGCUGUAGCCUCCAAAUCCAACCAGAAUGCUAUUAUCUGGUCAAGGCAAGGUAUGUAAGCCAGCUAAAUGACUCAGAGGAGCAUUUUUUUGAGGAGCAAAGAAUCAGCUGUGAAAUUUCUAGUGAAUAUGUUAUAUAUCAGCCUAGCAGGGCUUUCUUUUUUCUGGUUAAUGUUACUUGCUUUUCUCCACGAAUCACUGUUUUACCUGUGAAUAUUGGCCAAUUCAAUUGUCAAAUGAUAUGACAGGAAAUCUAACUGAAAAGAACGUUUGCUUUUGCCAAGUGGGUUAAAUGGCUAACUAUUAGUCGUAUAACACUCAA